CCAAUGAGUGACGACUUUACUAAUUGGCGGGUGGCUGUGACGCAAACGCUCCUAACGUUAACAACAACAAAGGAUGAUAAAUAAAUGAAGUUUUAAACUUGCUUUGUGUCUCAUGCCCACUCAUGACCGCAUUGCUUUUUAGAAUUCGCGGUCUUGCUAUAGUAAUAGCAACGUUACAAAUGCAGUUAAAACGGUAAUGAACGAUCCAAUCAAAGGCUGUACACCGUGAAGGUCUGCUUUCCACAUUAAAAUGAUUCGCAUAGCAGCACUGAAUGCUGCUUCGACAGCUGCAGAUGAGUCUCAAGACCCCUUAAGAAGUAACAAGAGUCAGACAAAAGAGGCUCAGGAAGCUGAGGCAUUUGCUUUAUAUCACAAAGCUUUAGAUCUGCAAAAGCAUGACAAGUUUGAGGAGUCUGCCAAGGCCUAUCAUGAGCUUCUCAAAACUCCACUGCUCAAAGAGGCCAUGCCCUCGGAUGAUCAGAGAGUGGGUCUCAAGCAUCCCGGACUAAUGUUGAAAUAUUCUACUUUUAAAAACUUGGCUAGUAUGGCUGCAUUGCGGGAUGACCUGGACACUGCUAUGGAGUUUUAUUUGGAGGCAGUUAUGUUGGAUUCCACUGACGUGAACAUGUGGUACAAAAUUGGUCAGGUGGCUGUGCGACUGGUGCGCAUUCCUCUGGCACGACAUGCCUUUGAGGAGGGAUUGCACUGUAACCCAGACCACUGGCCCUGCCUGGACAACCUCAUAACUAUUCUCUACACACUCAGUGACUACACGUGCUGUUUGUACUUUAUCGCUAAAGCCCUAGAGAAGGAUCAUUGUUACACUAAAGGCCUGGUGUUGAAGGAGAAAAUCUUUGAGGAGCAGCCCUGUCUGAAAAGGGACACAAUGCAGAUGUUCAUGAAAUGUGAUAUGUCUAUUCAUUAUGUGGAAGUGGAGAAAGAGGAGUGCCAAUCCAUUGUGGAAGAGGCACUGGAGAUACGGAAGCGCAGACAGGCUCUCUCUCACUGUGAACCAAAACCUGACCUUGUCCUGAUUCAGCCCAUCCGCUGCCUCUCAUGGAAGCAUGUGGGCGAAAGCCUUCUUGCAAUGUACAGACAUCAGACCACAUGUGAGCCACCAUGCCCGAGUCUUGGCCGCAGAAUUGACUUGUCAGAGUACCGUGACCCAAACUUCCACCAGAACCUCCCCCAACCCAGCAGCCCUGUCAGUAUGGGCCAGACCACCGUGCUGAGCAGCAGCCCCAGCUCAUCCCUGCCACCAAUGGCCCUCCCUGAGCCAGCAGUGCUGCCUCAACCCAGCACUCAACCUCAGAUUACCCCCAGCCAGACCACUGUGGAGGUCACCACUUCUGCUCCCCCUGUUGCUACAGCAAUGGAAAUUUCACUGACAGAUAAAGCGAAGAAAGCUCCCAAAAGGAAACGUGUGAUGGAAGAUAGUGGGGAGACAGCCAAGCGACGCUCUGCACGUGUUCGAAAUACAAAAUGCAAGAAGGAAGAGAAGAUUGAUUUUCAGGAACUGCUUUUUAAAUACCUACCUUCCAGGCUAAAGAAGUUUGAUCCUGAUAAUGAUGAUGAGAGUCUGAGUAAUCUUGAGACGCAGUGUGAUGGGAAGGAGGACAUACAGCCUCUACAUGGGAGUUGCUUGCCUGUUGACUCAGUGGAAUACAUGGAAUCUGAACAACAGGAUGUUCACAACUUCCUGCUCAAUAAUAUGACCAAUGGUGGUAUACUGGACCUAAUGAUGCGCUAUCUGAAAGCAGUGGGUCGGAAGUUCCUGGAGCAGUGGCCUCGGGGGCUGACUGCUGUGGUACUGGAGGUCUAUCAGACCUGGAGGAAGCACAGCAGUGGUCUUCCUAACCCUCUGCUUCGGGACUGCAGCAACCAACACAUCCGGGAAAUGUUGGCAAUGAGCUUAGCGUGUAUGGAGUUGCAGUUGGAGCAAUGGUUACACAACAAAGGAAAGACUGUGUCUCCAAGAAGAAGCAGCAUUGGUCCCAGCAAUGAUGCAGCUGACUCAGAAUUCCCUGGGCAGCACUUCCAAGGUGAUUUGUUACUCCUGGCCUUAGGUUCAUCCCAAAGAGACCUGUUUGAGGAUGACUGGCAGGAUGUCAUGGUGCGUGUCUACUGGCUCAAGGCACGAUUCUUGACCCUGCAGGGAGACAUGGAGUUGGCCCUGGAGAGCUAUGAUGUCUGUGUAGGCCUGUUACAGAGCAAACCAAAGACCCCCGAAGGGAAACAUUACACCAUCAACCUGCCUAACCUACGUGUAGAUUCAGCAAUCUCUGUGGAGGAGAUUGACAAGAGGCUGAAGUCUCUGGAGCGUUGUCAGUCUUUGGAGGAGAUCCAGCGUCUCUUUGAGUCUGCAGACUUUGAGUCUGUUGUGCGCCUGCUGCAGCCCAGUCUUAAUUAUGGCAGCAGGAGUAAACCUAUGGAAUUUGUGAGCUCAGCACCAGAGCGGCCUGCUCAGUUGAUGCUACUGCAGAACUCGCAGUUGAAGCUGCAGGACUACCAGCAGUGUUUGGAGUACAGCGAGCUGGCUCUGAAUGAAGCCCUGCAGCAGCUCAACUCUGCUCCAAACAGCUCUCCCCCUAGUAAGGAGGAAUGGGUCAGCACCAUUGGAAAGUUGCUGGAUGGGAUCGAGGUCUGCCUCACCAAAGAUUCACAGCUUCUAAACAAUGUCCCCCAAUUCUCUAGUAUGGCUCGAUUGGCAAACAACCUAAUUCAGCUGAUUGAUCUUAGCAUGAACAUUUCCGAUGAUCCCAAGGAGCCGUAUUUCUUCUCAGUUCUGCCUUGGAUUAUCCUGUAUCGCAUUAUCAAACAUGAGGAGGCUGCUUUUGACUGUAUGCUUCGACAGCAUAUGUCUGUAGGGGAUGAUGAUGAAGAUGACUCAGACACUCCCAUGCUGCCCUCAUCCCUGAUGCUUCUGAACACAGCCCAUGAGUAUCUUGGCCGUCGCUCCUUGUGCUGCAACUCAGAUGGUGCACUCCUCAAGUUCUAUGUUCAAGUUUUGGAAAAAGAGCUUGCAGCCUCUUCCAACAAAGACUCUCAUCCCUACAAAGAGGAGUUGGACAUGGCCUUGGAACAGUGCUUUUUCUGCCUAUAUGCCUACCCCAGUAAGAAGAGCAAGACCCGCUACCUCGAGGACCACUCAUCUCCACAGGUUGAGCUGUUGUGGUGCGAUACCCUCUUCAUGUUCCAGUAUUUUAAACCAAAGUCACUGCCUGAGUUUGACAGCUAUAAGACAAGCACAGUGUCUGCAGAAUUGGCGAAUCUGCUGAGGAGGUUUGCUGGCAUCGCCCCCCCAAGUGACACCCCCAUCCUCACCAUGGAUGAAGUGGCAGCCUACAUUGAGGGCACGACAGAAAAGGCCCCAUGCCUUCCUGAGGGUAGUGCUCCUGCACCUCCAAUCAUUAAUGAGAUCUACUACCUACUGGCUGAUUACCAUUUCAAGAACAAGGAGCAGUCCAAAGCCAUCAAGUUCUAUAUGCAUGACAUAUGCGUGUGUCCCAACAGGUUUGACUCCUGGGCAGGUAUGGCUUUAGCUAGGGCCAGCCGUAUCCAGGAAAAGCUAAACUCCAAUGAGCUGAAAAGUGAUGUUCCUAUAUGGAAACACUCCCAGGCAGUGCUGAACUGCUUUAAGAGGGCCCUGGAGACAGACAGCUCCAACCUGUCUCUGUGGAUUGAGUAUGGUACCAUAUCAUAUGCGCUGCAUUCGUUUGCUUCGCGGCAGCUCAAGCAGUGGCGCAACAAGCUCCCCCCAGAGGUUGUUAAACAGAUGGAAGAAAGGAGAGACUCUAUGUUGCAGACGGCGUUCCAGUGUUUCCGGGGUGCUUCCCGUUGUGAGUGUGACAGUGAUGAAGAAGAGUGGCUCAUUCACUACAUGCUGGGGAAGAUAGCAGAGAAACGUAAACAGAGUCCAGUGGAAUAUCUGCAGUUUUACAAAAAGGCAGCACACUAUUUGCAUGAAGAAGCUGCCAGGUACCCCCGGAAAAUCCAUUAUCAUAAUCCUCCUGACCUGGCCAUGGAGGCCCUGGAGCUGCAUUUCCGUCUCAGUGCCACCAUCCUAAAGCUACUAGAGGCUAAUGAGCCUGAUCUGGAACAUGAGCUCUUGUUCAGUUUGCUGGUUGAGGCCGCUACCGGGCCAUUUGCCAGGGGGGAAGAGAAGAGUAUGCCAAGCAUGCCUAGGUCCCAUGAAAAGGAGAAACCCCCCUCCAUGGAUGAAGACUUUAAUUGCUCGUCAGUUUGCAUAGGGAACACCCACAGCUCCUCCCUUCCAUCAGCUGCCACCCCAGGUCUGACUUCCCCUCCUUACGUGGCCACGCCGUUUGACCACGAUUACGCCAAACGCAAAACACUCCGACGGCAACAGUGGCAGCAGCAGCGGCAUGAGGAGCAGCGGGCUGAUGCCUCACCAGAGUUUGACCAUGAUUACUGCCUGCCCAGGUCUCCAAUGUGGCUGGCUUCCCUGAAUGAGCGCAGUCAGGACAGUGAGGUGGUGAUGCUCUCUGACUCCAACUCCACCCAGGAUGCCUUCACAGAUCCCACCAGCUCACAAGACAGCAGCCACAAACCUGCUUCUGGGAAAGCCAGUUCAUCGUCAUCAGAAAGUACAACCCCUGUGAAGGACGGGCAGUCCGCAUCUGAGGACACAGUAGCAUCACAUGGAGAACAUUCUGGCAUCCAGACAGAAGAAAAAGUUAUCCAGGAAGUAGUAGAAGCUGUGGUGGUGACACUCCCUGAGGCUUCAGCCCCCAGGGUCUCUGCGGACCCUUGUCCUCAUCCUCUGCCUGUCCCAGCCACUCCUCCAAAGCCAGCCCCCUUUCAACAGGCCACUCCUCAAACACCAGCCAGUGAGGGAAAGCGGAAGCCAGAGCCCCCCGCUGAGGUGAUCGAAGUGCCCAAGGCCCUGCCUACAGAACGUGCCGACCAGAGACGAAUGUUGGUGGAAAUGUGCGUCCGUGCUCUCUUCCUCUGUCUCGGUCGCUUCCCUCAGCACUACAAGAGCCUCUACCGCCUGGCCUUCUUCUACACCAACAGCAAGACCCAUCAGAACCUACAGUGGGCCCGCGAUGUGUUGCUAGGAAGCAGUGUCCCAUGGCAACAGCUGAAGCACAUGCCAGCACAAGGACUUUUCUGUGAAAGAAACAAGACAAACCUGUUCAAUGGCAUCUGGCGUAUUCCAGUAGAUGAGAUUGAUCGCCCAGGAAGUUUUGCAUCUCAUAUGAACCGAUCCAUUGUCCUCUUGCUGGAGGUGCUGUCUCAGCUUAAGGAUCACGAUACUUUGCUAAAAGUCUCUUUCAUGCUGCAGAGAACCCCUGACCAGGGAAAGAAGUAUUUACGGGAUGUUGAUCGCCAGGUUUUGGCCAAGAGAGCAUUUUUCCUAACUGUAAAAGUCCUGGAGGACAAUCUGAACAGUCUCACAGGGGUGUCUGAACAGCUUCACAAAGCGCCUGCGCCCUCCAUGGGGGAGAUGACCACAACGGAUGCAUCCAACAGGCCCAGUUCAGAGGACAGUAAGCAUGCACUGCCUAAGAAGCCUGGGCUCACAGAGGGAGCCUGUGUCACUGACACAGGGCCCAGGGAAGCCUCCCAGGCACAACUCACCCCACCACUGCCAUCCAUCGAUAAAGGGAGUAAGGUUCAGGAGAGCUACCCUGGGAAGGUGGAGACUGCUGGGAGUGAGGGGCACAAAGCAGGGCCAGAGGAACCCAUGGAGCUGGACACUGGCAACUGGAGGAGGCCCUCUACUACCACAGAUUCUCAGGGCAACCAAACGGAGGCUGAGACCUCCCUGAGUGCUGUGGAGCCCCAGCAGAAAGUGACUGACAGCAGCCGGACACCAGAGCUGUCUCUAGAGGAACUAAGUAUCAGUUCCAGGCAGCAGCAGCUCCAAGCCUCAGCACCCAAGGUCACUGUGGCAGCCAGUGGGACUGAUCUGGGGUCACUACGAAGGCCAAACAGGAAAAGGAAGCUUCUUGAGGAUGUGGAGUCCGGAAAAACCUUACUGCUUGAUGCCUACAGGGUGUGGCAGCAAGGCCAGAAAGUCAUGACCUAUGACCUGGGACGCAUUGAGAAGAUCAUGUCAGAGACUUAUAUGCUCAUAAAACAGGUUGAUGAGGAUGUAGCUCUGGACCAAGCUGUAAAGUUCUGCCAGAUACAGUUGGCCACUUCUGCCCAAAGACAGUCUGCAGGCGAUGCCCCGACCACACCCAAGUACACCAAGGAGCACCGAGACCUCUUCUUCCCCGCCUCCCUGCCUACUCCUGUCCUGCUCAGCCACACCGCCUGCCACCCGCUGUCUGCCCCGGACGGCCAAGCCAAAUCGGUGUACGAGCCCCUGAGCAAGUUGUCCAGACCUCAAGCCUCGGGCUUCCACGAUCAGCCACAGCACAGGAGAGCAGCUAGCCACCCUGCUGCAGCCAUGGCCUUCCUACCACACACAGAGGAGCGGGAGGAGCCCUCAGAGGGACUUUCGUAUCGACAGCAGGAGUCACACCUUUGUCAACAGAUGAAACUCGCCACUGUAUCCCAAGGACAAGAGUCAGCAGCAGGCUGGUUCCAGGAAGAAACUGCCACAUGUAGCACCGCACAGCCUUGCCCAGACCAGCAGCAGUAUGCCAGCAAUGAGCAGUCAAAGCUUCCAGACCCCAACCGAAUCCGCUCCCGUGUCCCACCCAACAUGCCAAAGCUUUUCAUCCCCUCCACCGUUACUAAGUUCCCGCCAGAAAUCACAGUAACACCUCCGACACCCACACUUCUCUCCCCCAAAGGCAGCAUCUCAGAGGAAACCAAACAAAGACUUAAGAACGUCAUACUGUCAUCUCAGUCUGCGGCCACAGUCAAAAAGGACACUCUGAGCCAGCCGGCACUGGAGGUGCAGGAGACAUCCAGCCAGGAGUCGUCUCUGGAGAGCGAGUCCGAUGAGGAGGAGGACGAUUACAUGGACAUCUGAGCCUCUGAGGGCCUUGUGUGCACGCUGAGACUGAACAGACAUUUGUGGCAGCUUGGCCUCACUCUGCCAAACCCUGUGCCCCUGUCUUUUUAAAAAAAAGAAAAAAAAAAAGAAAUGGUACAUGUCACUGCAGCUGUCUUUGUUGAUGCUAUUGUUCCCUCACGUGCAUUACAAAAAAGCACUCCCAAACUAAAAAAAUGCAGUACUCUCAUCUGCUGUCAUGUCACUGUGCACUGUGUUGCUCUGCUUGUCAGCAGUGAUGGUGUAUAUGACAGCAUGUCUGUAAUGUGCCAUUUAUGCAUAUCACACAUCAGCUUAUCGAGCUCUCCUGCACCCAACUCCACACUGGAUCUGGCGAGAAAGACUUUUAGCCUUUAAAGCCAGCCAGUCCCGUGUUUAUGCAUCUUUUUUUGGAUGUUUUAUGCUAACUGUACCUCCAAGCUGCAGCUAAAUCCUCGUCCAAGAACCAAUCGCCAAUGUGAGGUGCCUCAGACUGGACUGAUGCUCAGCAGCAUGUACUUGCUGUCCUCCACUUUGAUCAUUUACUUUGGCAUGAGAAUUUCGUCUGCAAGACACAUUGCAUAGGCACAUGAUAUAUUUCAAUGAACACAAGGGUGAAAUAAGGACAAUCGGCUGCAUUCGAGGUUCAUCUGUGGAGCUAGCGGGCCACACAGCCUCACAACCUGUAGCAGAUUGGAAAUGUUUACACUUAACAUUUGGGAUGUUUUUCAGUUAGCACUUAACUCUGUGCUAUUUUUGUACUCACUGUAAUAUUUUGUCCUAUAUAUUUUUCAUUUCUUUGGUUUGCAUUUGUAGCUAAGAGGAACAGUUCUUACCAGGAAGACGUCCUGUCACCAGCACUGAUCUGAAUGAUAUGGAAAGGGGUUUUCAGUUAUUAUAAAUUAGCUUUUGUACAUGUCAUAAUCCAAAUAUCUUUCCAAUGUGUUUGGCUUUAAUGUGUUGAGUAUUAACCUGGAGAAGUGUGUGCAUGUGUAAACAUUAAGGUGAGGGUCACUUCAAUUUCAAUCAACUCAGGAAACGACUCACCGUUAACAGACGCUUUACGAGAUCUUUCCUGAUUUCAGUGGAAUUGAAAUGCAUGCUGAGGAACACUUUCUAAUACAGAUGCCUUUCCAUUGAAACCAUUUUGGUAAAUUUGUCACAAUUCUAGCUUAACUCAGAGGAAGACAACAGAAUGUUUUUUUUACAGAUUGUUUUCUAUAAAAAGAAAGCUAAUUUAAUGAUUUGUUUCUUGAAAGCUGUCUAAAAAGAAUUUUUAAAAAUGACACAAAUUAAUAAUUGUAAACUAUCACCCUUGAUAAAAAUACAGCUGUUUUUAUAUUUUUUUUCCAUUAUCAUUAUUAUUAUUUAGGUGUAAGAUAGUUUUCUAUUGUUCUACAGAGCUUCUGGGAAUGUACCACGGCUAAAGAGGUGACUGAGAGGAAGGCUUUAUCUCAGCCCGGCCCCCCUGGCUCAGGCUGCUGGAGGGGAACUGUUCUCUAUGUUUGGACUGAAUGCAUUAUAGAUGUCAAACCAAAAAUAUAUUUGAGAAAUACA